AUGUCUGAACAAUUAUCAACCGUCCUAGUGACAACUCUUGCACUCAUUAAACAAUUCCAAGAAGCCCUUUCAGUCCCAGGCGUCCGCACUGCUGUGUCCGAGUCUGAGUCGGCAGACACAAAAGCCCUACCCCUCCUCUCAAACUCGUCCAGCGCAUUGAAAGCCCAAGUCACCAAGCUCUCACUUCUCGCCAUCAAUACCCCCUUCACCCACUCCGCCGUGACGAAUGUGCUUCGCGCCUGUAACGACUCUGUCAUACCUUCUCUUGUUACCGCUGCAUUCCUGGUCACACCGGAUAAAUACACGAAAGCGUUCCAGUCUGAAGUAAUUACCCUUGCUGUAUCGGCUUUGACAGAUUUUUCUGCCCUGGUGCAGGAGGUGAAGAGUAUCGCGAACAAUAAGGAUCAGGCAAAGAAGGACGACCCGAAGAAGAAAGAGGUUGAUUUGUCUAAUGCUGAGAAAGAUGUCAUUACUCAGGCAACGGGUCGUGUGUGGAAUUCUUGUGAUGUGAUCACAGAGGCUGCCACGAAAGGUGUUGUUGGUUUUGUUAUGCGCCGCGUUGAGCAGUGGCGGGAUCUUAUUCGAGAUGCUGUUGAAGAAAUCGAGGACUGGGAUCCUGAAGAGGAUGGGGAUGAAUUCUUCGAUGAGCUUUUGGACGACGAUGAAAAAGCUGCCGGAGGUGAUGAUAAGGAUGAUGAGGAGAAUACUGCUGCUUUGCAGGAACAGAAGAAAAUCACUCUUCGCUUCCUAAAGCCGCUUGUACAGGUUUAUCCCAGUAUUAUCAAGUACCGGUUAAAGGGUGUUAGCGAAGUACCUUUAUCGUCGGCGACUGGGCCUUCAAAUUUGGAGGCCUUAAUGGUUCAUUUGGAGAGAAUCCCUGACCAGGUUGAUGAAGCAGCUGGGGCUUUGUAUGAGGAAAAUUUGGAAAAAUCUACCCAAUUCUUGAGGAAGGCUCACAAGAACGCUGCCGCUGCUGUGGAGUUGGUUAAAUUGCCUUGGAAUAUAGAUAACACUGACGGUAAGGAACCGGUUGAAGACAAGUUUACUGCUUGGUCGAAAACUUGGAUCAAGGUUAUGGACGAAGUCAGCAAGUCAAUUAGCUCGGGUUCGAGCGAAUAG